GGAAUUCCACAAGGCCGGAGAUCAAUGGCGGAAAAUGCUUCUUCAUCGUCCUCUCUCCACAUCGCUGGAGGAGAUGAUGAGUUGAUGUUGGAUGGGUUCGAAUCGGGCUGGGUCGAGGCCCGUACCCACUGCGACCAUCUGGGUUCUCUGUCAUCGGAUCUGAUCCACAUCCCACCCCCCGGCACUCCUUGCAACAGGUGUGAGCAUCCGGAGGAGAACUGGCUAUGCUUAUGUUGCAAAGAUGUCCUCUGCAGCCGUUUUGUGAACAAGCACAUGCUAGAGCAUUAUCAACAGAAGCAUCACAAUUUAGCUCUGAGUUACAGUGAUCUUUCUGUGUGGUGUUUCUCCUGUGAUGCUUAUCUCGAUGCUCAAGUGAUACUGCCGUUGCGCCCUGUUUAUGAAACUGCAUACAUAUUGAAAUUUGGCAAUGCCCCACCAUUCCGGGCAAUUGAUUAUCCACAGGGUGUGGAUAAGGAGGCAAACACCUAAAAACGUAUUGAUGCCCAGUUCUGUGUUUUCUUUUUCAUGGAUGAUGGCUUGUAUUAAUGAACCAAGUAGAAUAUAUAGGUUUCUUUAUGGUUCUUACUGCUGAGCCCCGACGUAUAAUCAAUCUUUACUUUGUUUACAGUAUCUCUAAUUUUCAGAAAUGAGAUGCAAGCCCAUCAUUCGGAGGCUGACUAUUCG